GGUCCCUGCUGGUUGGGGGCGCUCCCGUCCCUCUCCCCCUGCCCCACCCCCGCCGAUGGGCCGGCCCGGCUCUCCCUGCCGAGGAAUGGGCCGGCCCGGUGGCGGGCGGGCAGCGGCGGCCCAAGAUGGCGGAGCUGCAGCUGGACCCGGCGAUGGCGGGGCUGGGAGGGGGUGGCGGGAGUGCGGUAGGCGACGGGGGCAGCUCGGGCCGCGGACCCCCCAGCCCUCGCCCGGCCGGCCCCACGCCCCGCGGACACGGCCGCCAGAGCGCCGCCGUCGCGCAGACGUUGGAACCGGGGCCCGGACCUCCGGAGCGGGUAGGGGGCGGCGGGGCGGCCCGCUGGGUUCGGCUCAACGUGGGCGGCACCUACUUCGUGACCACCAGGCAGACCCUAGGCCGGGAGCCCAAGUCCUUCCUCUGCCGCCUGUGCUGCCAGGAGGACCCGGAGCUGGACUCGGACAAGGACGAGACUGGAGCGUAUCUGAUUGACAGAGACCCCACCUACUUUGGUCCUAUCCUAAACUACCUCCGACAUGGAAAGCUCAUCAUUACCAAGGAGUUGGCAGAAGAAGGUGUGCUGGAAGAAGCAGAGUUUUACAAUAUCGCAUCUCUCGUGCGGCUGGUUAAGGAAAGGAUACGAGACAAUGAGAACAGAACUUCACAAGGCCCCGUGAAGCAUGUGUACAGGGUCCUGCAGUGUCAAGAGGAAGAGCUCACCCAGAUGGUCUCCACCAUGUCUGACGGCUGGAAAUUCGAACAGGCAUUCCCUUCUACAGUGCCGUGCUGACUUCAUUCCGUGAGCCUUAAAGAAGGCUGACUUCAACAGGAGCUUACAGUUCCGGGUGUGUGGCCCUCAGGUGUGCUAGGAGGGGACCAGACACAGGCACGGGCCAGGGUCAUUUCCCAGCGCAUCUUUGGCUUUGUGCUUAGAAUAGAGGUUAUGAAAACAAAGUCCCUGGGACCUGAAUUUUACCAUUUCUUCCAUUAGAUGGCAGCCUAGCUCGUUUUCUGUUGCCUCAGCUCACCGGAAUGAGAUUUUGUGUGGAGUUGAGAGGCAACUGAACUGUUCCAGAAGCUCCCUUACAGAGCGCAGGCUGCAGCUUGUCUAAGCACUGUGGGCUCAUAGCUGGAGGCAGAACCAGCCCUGUGACAUGGGUCUAGGGCCUAUUAUCACAGCUCUUUUCUCUGACACAUAAUCUAUUCUCUGCCAAGGUAGUGGAUAAUUUUUAAAUGUUAUCUGUUAGUGUUCUCAUAGUCCUGAACCAUGGCCUCUUACGGUCUAGGCAGGUGCCCUCUAGUCCUCAUAUGGACUCUCGCUAAUGUCCUGGAGGAGGGGGGUCUGUUCUUACUGCCUCCAAGGUGUGGAUGAUGAAGUGGAUGUUGUGCCCAGACUUGUCCCAGCUUCAGGCCUUGCACUUAUGAGGCCACAUUUGUUCUCUGCCAAGUUUCUCCGUAUGCAGAUUUCCAAUUUUUUUUUUUUUUUGGUUUUUCGAGACAGGGUUUCUCUGUGGUUUUGGAGCCUGUCCUGGAACUAGCUCUUGUAGACCAGGCUGGUCUCGAACUCACAGAGAUCCGCCUGCCUCUGCCUCCCGAGUGCUGGGAUUAAAGGCGUGCGCCACCACCGCCCGGCUGCAGAUUUCCAAUUUAGAGUUAAAUGCCAAAUUUAUUUCCUCAAAAGGGUUAAAAUACCAUGGCAUGUAGCCUUUGGUGGCUGUAGAGUCUGGUCUGGAAAAAGAGCCAGUGGGAGCAGGCAGGGCUGAUGGGAAUGCUGGCAGAAAUACUCCUCAUGCUGACAUGGAGUGACCGUGUUGACGCUCCUGAUGCCUCUGGGCUGCUGAGGACAGGAGGGAACUCAGACUUUUCUUCUCCAUUGGGACACCUGGGUUAGGAUCCACUUACUCCCCUGGACCAUGGUUGCCCCCUUGGAAGCAUAAAACUGCACAGUCCAGUUGAGGAGGGUAGGACUCGUGUGGUACUGGGGUGCAUUUUUCCUUGGUUUGAUUGGUUUUUUUGUUUUGUUUUGUUUUGUUUUGAGAUAAGGUCUUACUAAAUAACCCUGGCUUCCCUGAAACUAUGUAGACUAGGCUAGCCUUGAACUCAAGGGAAAUCUGCUUAACUCUGCACCCCAAGUUCCCAAGUGCUGGGAUUAAAGAUGUACGCCACCACACCUGUCCCGGAACUUGAGUGUUUUAAUUAAGCCCCUGCUUAUAUGGGUGUACAGUCACCGCCCUCCUGUUU